UCUUCCUCCCGGCGGCUGCAGUGUGGUCAAUGUGCCACCAGGAGGCGCCGCAGUCCCCGGUGGACGUGUGCUGGACGUUGGCGCUGCUCUGCUCGCUAUGGGCCACCAUGGGGGGCUGCGUCUACCUGCUGCUGCGCCACCUGAGGUCACCGCACCAACAGGGCGACAAGAGUCUCCGGUUACAAGAAGAGGUCGUCAAAAACGAGCUUUGCAAACCGUCUAGCAGCCCGGACGUCCACAUACCGCUGGGCCUUGUCCUGGCUGACUGCCUGCUGCUGAGCGUGCUCCAGGAGCACCUACCAGAUCCCAGUGGAUCACAUGUGAUGGAUCUCCUCUCCAGGCUGGAGUGUGUGUCAGACGCACUGGGCACGGCAGCGCUCGUCCCGGAAGUCACGACCCAAAGCCACCGUCUGACCGACAAAGUGACGCUCAUACGCACUUACCUGCAUAAAAGGACCAGUCUCCUGAGGAGGCUGGUGCAGGUCCAGGCUGAGUUGGAGGCCGGCACGAAGGGGUUGCAGGACGGGGUGCUGGUCCACUGGGCCCGGCUGGAGGAUCUGCACACGGGGGUCACGCUCACUAGACAGGGGGGUCAAGACCACGGGGACCUGGCGUCCACCUGCAAGGACGCUGAGACCUUGUUUGAGGUGGUGAGCCAACACAGGGGUCAACUUGAUGGCUGCCAGGACCUCCUGAAGGACAGCACGCAGCUCCUACAGGACUUGACAUGGAGUCACAGCAGCGCCAGGACACGUCUCAGUGGCGGCGGCGGCGAGUCUGUGUGGCCAGAGGUGCUCCUCCAAUCCAACAUGGAGGAGUUUGAAAAGGUGCGGGAGAACUUCCUGUCCCUGCAGCAGCAGACCGCCACCUUCCAGGCCCACCUGGAGGGGCUCGCCACGAGGAGCGUGGAACACCUGGCUGCUGACCGGCUCUCCUCCAGCCCGUCUGUGGACCUCAACAGCGGACGCUCCAGCGAGGUUUCCUCUGACCACUGGGAGUCCACCGCCGCCGAGUCGGACGUCGAGUCGGACGCUCGUCAGUCUUUGUGUGAGAGGUCAGCGCUGCAGGUCGCCACCACUUUAGGACGCCUGCGGAAGUCUUCCAGAAAGAAGAAGGAAUGAGUGAAUAUUAUUUUUCAUGAAAUAGUUUUAUACACUGAAAGAAGACACAAGGGGGCGCCCUAUCACCUUUUAUUACAACAACUAUUAUUUAUAGUGGAUUUAACCAUAAUCUACAUUGUUUAUAGUUGUCAUAGAUAUUAUCUGAAUUAUUUAUAGUUGAUUUAAACAUAAUUUGAUUUUUUUAUAGUUAACUCAAACAACUAAAAUUGUUUAUAGUUAACAUAAAGCGUAAUUUGAUUUUUAAUAGUUGAUUCAAACACAGUUUGACAUUUUUUUUAUUGUUAAUUCAAACAAUUUCAAUUUUUAUUGCUGAUUUAAGCAUUAUUUCAAUUUGCAUAGUCUAUGCAAACAUAAUUUUAAUUAUUUAGUUGAUUUAAACAUAAUUUUGUACAGUUUAUUCCAACAAUUUAAAUAGUUU